ACUUCGAAGAUGCUCAAAAGCAUGCGUACAUUGUGUGGAACAAUCGCGGUGAAAUGUAGAUGAAAUUCACUUGAAAAUUCAGCUGAACGCUUAUCAGGUGAGAGAAAAAGUCGUCAGGAGGAAGUAGACGUGAUGUUCAGAAGACUUUGAAGGAAGCAGGUCCAGCAAUGGCGACAGCUGGAUUGUCUCCAAUCUGCUACAAUCAUCCCGAGAAAAAGGCAGAUUUCAAGUGCUUUGACUGCAAACGUGGUAGGUUGUUAGUUUGUUCAUCCAUGCUCUAACGUACGAUUUUAUCUCGAAGAAGUUUAGACAUUGCUUGCUCGUGAAAAGAGGAGCAUGAAAUUGUCCACGUACGCGUUGCAUUUCUUGUCAUUUCCUUUACACAUGUGUCAAAAUUCAACACAUGAUCUGCUUGUCAUCCUGGAUAGCACUUUGGUCAAUAUUUGAGCUAAACUUCAGAAUACCCGGCCACUUCUUUGCGUAUCAUUGAAUAACAAAAGUGCCCAUUGUGUUAUACCUCGUUCUUCAAAGCGUUCCGACAAAUGUAAACGAUGUGGACGGGUAUUCUGAAGUUGUCAUUAUGAGUGUUCAGUUGUAUAAGAGAGGUGGCAGGGGAUGGCAAAAUAGCAAGAACCCUCAGUCAAGCGCCCUUCCUUUUCUUUUCAAAGAGAUAUUAUUUUCAAAUUUUUUUGGGCAAAGCUUCCCACUGGAGCGUGCUACAUAAUUAUCUUAUUUUUAUUUUGACUUAAAGUAAAUUUGUUAUUUGGGAAAUUGAUAAUUGAGGUAAAUACUGUAAGCACCAAUGCCUCACAUGAAGGCCCUCCAAAACAGCAGGUGGUAGAAUGGCAACAGGUAUUUCCCACCAAGAUAACAGUUUUGCUCUUGGGGUUUUAGGGUGAGUUCCAAGUUAAACAUGCUGAUAAGAUAAUAAUAUACAAAUACUCUGCAAACUAUAUUAUCUGUAUUAUCUAUCUAACGAUCUCAUCAUACCCUGUACGAAUGAAGACAGGCCGUAAAAUAUCUCAACCCUCUAUUGCUCCAUGUAUCACUUAUUACAAACUCAAAUCACAUGGCUCACUGUGCCCGUAUUAUAGUUUCAUGUGCAUGUACCACGUUUGAUGUGGUGUUGUAUUUUGCUAUCUUUCAGACUCGGUCAUCAAUUUGUGCCCACAGUGUAAUAUUCAAGUGCACAGUCUAGAUGUAUUCAGAGCGCACAGAGUUGAGCAUAUCGAAGUAAAGGUGAAAAAAAACUACAUGUACAAUUUAGUUGGGAUGUCGCUAUUUCAAGUUGCCGAGAAAAUGUGAUUAGUAGGGAGGGAAUUGAACAGCUUUGGCUCAAAUUAAUUGCGAAAGAUAUUAUUGUUUUGCAGGACAGGGAACGGAGGCUUUCACAAGAUGUUGAUGACAUUGAAAAGUACGUAAAAUAAAAAACAGAAGCGCAUUCCCGUUACUGUUGUCUGGGCUUCUGUAAAAGUCAUCGGCUAGUAAUGUAAAACAAAUGGCUAAAUGUAAUUCUUACUUUUGGGUCUGUAAACAAAUUCUUGUGGCGUUAUACAUGUAUUUUAAAUUCAUGAAGCCCCUUUGGUAAAUUUUACUAUUCCUGUUUUUGUGUUUUUGUAAACUGAAACUUGCCAUUCUCUGUUGAUUUUUUUUUGAUUUUGGGUGGUCACAGAGUAAAGUAAUCAAUGUUUUUUUUUAAUAAAUGUAAAGUUACAUGUAUUCACAAAACUAAAUUGAUUACUUUACUUUCUCCCUUUUAAGCAUGGUUUCAUUGCUGGGUUAUUUUCUUUGGAUAAUUUAUUUUUCUUUCUGGUCAAUGAAUUCUUCCAUUUACAUGUAAUUCAUGUUUACACAGGUUUACUUUUUCUAAUUCCUGUUUACGUUUUUUAUUGAAAUGUUUCCAGAUUAGUAGCUGUUGAAAGCGAUAUUCUUCAAAAUGUGCUGGCUAGAUUGAAAUACUGUGAAGAAGAGGAGAAGGUAUUUAUUAUUACUGCUGAAACUGAAGCUACGUAUUAAUUACAAUAUGUUUGUGUUGUAGAUAAAACUAGUUCUCAGGUUAAAUCUUAGUUUCCUUUGUCUUCUAUAGAUGAUAAUUAGGGUUAGCUAACAAAGGAAAUUUAAUACUGAUUUAACCUGAGGUCAAUUUUACCUACAACCUUACUUUGUCAGUGCAUGCUUUGAUUCAUUGUUGUGAUCUAUUUUAUAUUCUUUUUUGUCACUCAAAUUUUAUACAUCUCAGAUCUUAAAAUCAAUUUACAAGAAGAAGUCUGCAAGCUUUUAGUAAAAAAAGGUUAAGAAAAAAAAGAAAAAAAAAAAAUGGGGGGGAGAGCAUUGCCACUUUGCUAGGACCCAGACCUGGCCUCCAUUUAAUGAUGAGGAGAUUGCAAAGCACUAGGCGAUUCAUGUGCGACAAGUUUAUCUUUAUAAACUUUGGUAUAUGUAUACUCAGAGGCCUUUGGCCUUCACCUUGAGGGGAGUAAUCAUACACCGUAGAAUGAAGUUUGCUUUAAAGACCCACUCAUCCAAUAUUUGGCAGAGAAAGUUGCAUUUCAGGGAUUUAUUUUGCAACGUUUUAUAUAUUUACAGUAAAAAAAAAUAUUUGGAUCUAUAUCCAGUAAUGAGCAACUGUUUUUGACUUUAACUACAGUAGAACCUUGUUAACUCGAACUUGGAUAUCUCAUAUUCCCUGCUAACUUGGCUAAAAUUAAUUUCCUUUCCCUUGAUCAAAUUUUUACUGAAAUUUACCCCGAUAACUCAAAUUCCCCACUAACUCGAACUAAUUUUUUGUUUUCCUUCAGAGUUUAAGUUACCGGGGUUCUACUGUAAUAGUAAUAAUUAAUGUCAAAAAUAGUUAAUUAUUAGAAUGCCCCUUCUGACAAGUAUCCAUGGCAAAAUCAGUGAAACCCCCAUUUUGUUACGAUGUAUAGCCCAUCUUGUAACCUAACUGUUGCAAAUUUUGUUGAUAAUAAAAAUCAGUGUCAGGAUCGACUGUCUUGGCAGUUUCCUUGCAGAUCAUAAAUUCACCAUUUUUUGUGGAAGAUGGCACUUAAUUCUGGUUGUGUUGUUUCCUUUCAGGAGACAAUAAGUCACUUAAUUCAACUGCAGACUGCAACAAAGAAACGAAUUGCUGAGAUCAAAGAAUGUGAGACAAGAAUUGAGAAGGCUUUUGGUUAUCUAACAAAGGUGUUAUGAAGUCUGUUUAGGAAAUUAAAUUUGAAGUUAAAUUGUUUCAACUUUGAUAAAUACAUGUAAUUCUCAAUUUGCUAUUCUCAAAAGUGCUGAUUAUUACUGGUUAUGAUAAUAACAUUGGCAAGUUAUUUUCUCGUUAAAUCCAAUUAUCACUCUUGCUUCUGGAAAUUUUAAAAAAUGCCUCUAGAAUCAAGCUGUUUUCUGGUCAUUGUCUGGCCAAACCAAGCUAAAACUGUUCAAAACCCGUACGAAACGAGCAGCACUGCUGCAGCGCUGCAGAAUGGCUUCAAGAAGCGCUACAAAAGAGCUGUAAAAGCGCUGGGCUGCAGCAGCCGCAAAUUUUGGCUGCAGUGGAAAGCCCUUUGACAGCAAUAAACAGCGCUUUUGCAGCGGUGCAGAAAAUUCCCGAAUCACGAUCUGCGCUGCAAAGUGGCUGCAAAGUGGCUUCGAAAAGACAAAGAAUGUUGUUACCGGUAAUGGCCUACCACUCGUUAGUACAAAAAAAAGAAAUGCAGGCUCCAAUAAUACAAUAAUCAUGAUACAUGGUAGAGGAGUUGACAAGGCCUUAGUAGCAGAGUAAAAACCAUUAGAAAGUCAAAAUGCAACUUAUACUUUAUUAGUAUCCACAUGUACAUGUUACAAAAGCAAGUGGCAUAGAACAAAUCUGCAGCAGUUGCGCUUUGUAAAUAUUUAGCAAUCACGGUCACUCAUCUGAAUGUAAGAACAUGCAUUAACAUGCAGACAUUGAAAAUUAUCUUUUUUAAAAAUAAAGAGAAUAACAGAGAUUGUUCUACAUAAAGUUUACACGGACAGCAGCCAAAUGAUAUUUUGAUUCGUUGCAACGGGCUAAGCUGGACAUCGCUCACCUUGAUGUUUUGUCCAUGAUCCACGAUCUUCUACACUUUUUUCAUGAAAGAAAUCAACCCAAUUUUACUUUGGUCGUCGUUAAAUUUUACAAUGGACUGAGGAACGAACAUUACCGCGAGCGUAUAAGAAUCUUGUAAGUGCGAACCCCAUCUCAGAUUCUUGUAUCUGUGUUGCUUGCUCUGGUUCGAUUCGUCGAUACUUAGCAUAGAAGUCACUGUUCAGUGCAUUGUUUGCAAAUACGUUUGAGCUGUUCCAUCCAAAAACUUCAACAGAACUUCCAUCUCGAAACAGAACUAGAUGCAAAAAAAACUUAGAAUGUUUGCGCCUUUCAUUCAACGGUCGCAAAUGUUUGGACGAUCGUGUGUUUGUCUAGAGAAUUUGUAAUGGAAUCUCAUGCAGAAGGACCGACCAAUUAGAUUACGGCCUAGAAAGUCUCCAGGGAAUUAGCGAUAACAUUCUCACACUCGCCGGUCACGGAAUGAAAUUUAUUAUUUAUUGAAAUCUUUAUUCCGAAAGCACAGAAUUUCGAGGUUUAUUCAAUAAGUGAUCUUCCUUGCACACAAGCUUACUCACAUUUCUUAGAGGUACAGUCAAAGUUGUCACGUUAUAAAAGGCGUAAUCUGUGCCAAGGCUUUUUCCGGCGAUUCAUGUUAUUGGUGCUCAAGAAGGUCAGAUCGACCGCAGCUGAAUUGUAGCAUUACAGUACUGCAGCUACUUCGCAGCAUUUGAAAGUCGGCAACUGCGCUGCAAAACAACUGCCGAGAGCUUCAAAGAGCCUUCAAUGGCUUGCUUUUGCACCCCGUUGCAACUUGAAUGAAGCUGCUUUUUGGCUUCUAAAAGGCUGCCGAACAGCUGUAAUUUAGCUGUACAGCUAUUUUGAAGCGAUUUUGUGGCGCUCUACAGCGCUGCAAGUUUUGUACGGGAAUGCUCUUUAAGCCAAGCACAAUUCUUCCUUCUAUUUCUAAUGUCUGACCAUGCAUGCCCAGGACAAAUUGUGGGGUCUAAUAAAAAAUUCUUAAUGUCUUUUUUUUGUCUGCUGGUCCUAACUCGUGAAUAAUCUGGCCAUGAGACAAAGGAAAUCAAGAAUCAACCAAGAUAAACAAACCUACACAUGCCAUGUGUGUUACAUGCUGUAGAGACAUUGAUGGAUUUAAUGUGAAGGAUUUUGUAUCUGAAGCAGUGAAGGGGUACAGCUGUAUUUAGGGUGUGAAAUUGGGUGUACGUAUAAGAAUGGAGGCUGCUCAGGGCAUACCCAAGGUAAUCCAUAUGUCACAAACACCCACGGACACGGCCACUUCUUUAAUUACCCCCACCCUAAGGGAAAAGCUUUUUACCAAUGUCUUUUAGUCAGCUUUCUCAAACCAUAACUAUAAAAUACAGACUCUAUAUCCAUGCAGCUUUUUUCUUUUUGCUGUUUUUUUAGGUAUCAACCUUGUUGACACAGUGUAGUGCCCCUGUUGAGGACACUAAAGUCACUGUAGCUUUUAAGGAUCCCUGUUCUCCUGAGCAUGAGGCUACUGUUUCUUCUACUGCUGCACCCCAACAGUCUUUGGUACAUCCUGCACAGGAGCCAGCAGGUGAAACCCAAAAUGUUGUCCCCACGGAGCCUCUGUUGAAGCUUCCUGAUGAGAUCAUAGGUAAGUAAUGAUAUGUAAGUUAUAGGUUAGUAACCUUUUAUUCAGCAAUGCACUUACAGAUGUAUGACUUAUUACAAAUCUUUCGACUCUCUACAGUGCAGCUUCUUCAAACCCAAUAGUCUUUUUUUUUUUGUUUUUUUUUUACAACAAUACCCCACAAAGUGAAGCUGUCAAAGUGAAUAACAAAAAUAGUUUUUUUCCUGCCUGAUACAUCUAAUCUGAUGCAGACGCUUUUCAGCACUGAUGUGUACACGCAUCUGAUUUGUAUCUGCAUUGUUUGCUUUACCUUGGCCUGCACUACUAGUCAACUGAAUGUACAUGUACAUGUAGGACAUUGUUUACUGGGUGACAGAAUUUAUUGUUCUUCUUAAGGAUACAAAAUCGUUUGCAUCAUGCUUUUAUGAAAGAGGGAAAUGACUAAGAAUACAUGUAUUUUGGUUUUGGGGAUGUUUGUGCAUUGUCAAUUCUGUCAAGAUAAAAAUACAAAAUGUUCUUGAACAACAUUGGACAGCAUUCAGCUGCUCCAGCUUUUAGUAGGCAUUCUACUAAAAUAUUGGAGAAAAUGCACCCAAUCAAACAUAGUAAUGAAGAUUUAAAAUUCCAUUGGGCAGGAGGCAAACUAGUUAAAUAUUUUACAAACGAAGGGGUUGAAUUUGGGACAGCCAGGAAACAAUUGAUUUAGAGAGUCCAAUCCACUGACUACUUGGCCAUGCUGCCUCCCUGAUAGAAAGUGCAUGGAAGAGCACCUGAUCCAAAAUGAAAUUCUCCCUUUGAUUCAUAAGGACCCGCAAGGCAAAUUAAAAGGAGAAUCUACAUGUAGCAUUUUAGCACAAGUCACCCUAGCUUUAUUCCGGGUGCACAAGGAUGUUGACACCCAAGGCAGCAGGAGAGAAAAGCACUGCUAUGACAUUUGGAAACGAUUUUGCCUUUUAAAAUGUGUAUCUGUUAUUCCAGCUUUAAUUGUCCUGCAUGUGCAAUCAUGCUAGCAGAGAUCAUCAGAUUCUUUGACAUCAUGAUUGUUGUUAUGUUUUUUUGUAUCUAGGAAAAGACAUCUUUCCUGUGUCUGUGGUUGGCUCUUUGGCCAGAAAUGGGUCUUUCUGGAUGAUUAAAGUUGGGGAAAGUGAUUUGCACAUAGCACAACAAAUCCAUAGUGGCUUAAGGUAGGUGAAUGUUCUCCAUUUCUGAAUUAUGUUUUAUUUUUUGGUGAGCAUCGGAAAGCUUUUUCUACGUGUAUGGAAAAUUAUCACGAAAUCUGUCAUGGGUGAAUCUUUUGUUUUCUGUCUCGCUAGACUUGAUCCUUGACUUGAUUCUCAAUUGCUUGUUCUCGAUCCUCGAUUCAUGCAGCAAUUGAGAAGUGCAAAUCAAGUCAAGAAUGGAGAAUCACAACAGACUGUCAACUUACCUUUGAAUGGUACUGAACUUUUAAAUCAGAAUUUAAGUGAUUAUAAUUCCCUAUUAUAUGUUUUGCCCAUACAUGUAGAACCUAUUACCACGUGCAUGGUUACAAAGACACUGUUGAUGUCAGCGUGGGAGCAAUUUGUGCAGUCCUUAAUAGAAAUAAUAAAGAGUUCUGUCGUGUGAGAAUAGAAAGUAUUGCAAGCUCUGGAAUGGUAAGAUCAUUAUUAUACACUCUUGGGGUGAUCAUGGUAACACUUAAACCCCAAUAUCAACCUGUAGAUUCUCUCAACUGACCCAGUCAGUGAUUUUGUUACCUCUGCGUUCUGCGUCCUUGACACAUAAAAAUCUCCACAAGGUGCAAAAUAAUUUAUAGCAUGCAUCCCAUCGGACACAAAGAAUGAUUGAUCGAUUUGAAGAUUUUUUUGGAAGAAUAUCCAGUUGGGGUGAUUUCUGGGGCUGUUGUUUAAAGAUGCAUAUAUAUUUUAGUCUUGUGCUUUGAAUGUGUCGAAGGACUAUAAAUUAUUUUAAUUUCAGUAAACUGAAAUAGAGAGUUUUGGCAUCUGUCUUCAGAUUAACUGUCUGGUUACUUAAAGGCCCCAAGCAUUUUCUAUCUAUUCUUGUUUUUUUUUAACUGGGACUCACUGGUUAUGAACAGGGACUCAUGAUUUUUUCACAAGAUGAGUAACAGGACUCACCAUAACUAUUUGUAACAAAAUUGGGGGCUUAAUGGGUGAACAACUUUGUGUUUGUAUUUUAUCGAAUGUAUCUACAGUCAACUCUCUUUUUGUGGACACAUCACAAUUACAGACAAGUCCUAUUAUUAUACAUCUUGCUCACUAUCUGUCUUCUCUUUGGCUAAAAGCCUACCAUAGUAAAUUUUGAAUAUCAUGGCAACCUAUCAGUAGGUUAUGAACUGAGUUCCAUGCGACAGUGUGCUGAUCUUUAUUUUCUUCAAAACAAGAUGAUUAAAACAUUAUUAUUAGAUUUGGUUUUUCAAUAUCAGGAAUAAUCAAGAUCUUAGUACAUGUAAGUGUUAUCAGUCUCAGCUGUAGGCUCGGCUGAUAACCUUGAUUAUUCCGGGUAUCACGAAAACCUCAUCUAAUUUUGCUGAUAUUGUUCAUAAACCAACAGUAGUGGAAUCCAGCAGUGUAAUUGCUAAAAUUGCAGACGCUAUUAUUGUGUGCUCUUCAGGUGAAAGUACGCUUUUUAGACUUGGGAUUUGUUGAGAAUUUUCAACCUUCAAGUUUAUGUAGACUGCCUCCAGAAUUUUUGGAUAUUCCAUUUCAGGUAGGUUCUACCAGGUAUGUGCAGAAACUUUAAACAGUAUAUUACUUCUAUUGUUUGUUCAAGUUUCUGUCUUGCCUGGCCUCGAGAAAGCAUGGUCUUUUCAAUGUAGUGGUCCAUGUAGUUGCAGUUGACUUCAGACUGAGAAAGCAACCAACAUUUUCACCACUGGUUUUCCCGUGAAAUGAUGUCUGAGAAGGAUUCUGAUGACAUUUCACUACCCAGAUCUGGCUAGUGUGUGUGAUUGGUUGUGGCACAAGGAAAAUUUGCUUUAACCAAUCAGAAGUACUACCCAGUAGUGACGCAUCGUCAGAGUAUGGAAUUUCUGCAGUUGUUUCUCGGACAUCAGUUUGCUAAGAAAUCAGUGGUGGUGUCGCGAAAUGUCAAGUCAACUGUUUUCUCAGGCUACACUGGUGUGGUGAUGGUCCAGGUUCAGGCCCUCAGCACAUGAUACUGGUAACCAGCAGGCUGGUCUGGUUGUCACAGUGAACUAUGUAUUCUGUUCAUAUGGAAAAAGCACAGUUACAAACCUUCAAAAAAGAUGCAAAACAUGAAACUGUAGAGGGAGAGCAGGAAAGGUGGAGAGAGAGGGAAAUGCUUAAGAUUGUCAUUAUAUUUUGCGGUCAUUGUAGUGUUGUCACUGUGAGUAUUAUGUACAUGUGUAGUACUGUCAGUUCUUGGUGCAGCACCUCCUUAUCUGGGUUGAAAUUAAGGCCUUAUAGUGGCCAUUCUUGGUGUAUAAUCCAGUGAGCAAUGAAUUCAUUGAUACCAUAAAUAGUUAUUGUUGCAGUAGUUGUAAACAUAAUAGUUUAUUGAAAGGAAUUACAUAUACAGUACAUUUACAUCAGCUGCAUGUCUGGCCAAGGCAUUAUUUUGGCCAGCUAAGCCAAAGCUUAGAUUAACUUUGUUGGGCUUGGGCCAAUAUUGUAGUUGCUCAUUGUCCGAAGAUUAUUAUACAAGGUAUGCAUCAUGGUUAGUUGCAGCUCUGUAAAAAUGUAAAGAACUACUUUUUAACAUUCAUUGCAGGCUCUAGAAUGCUGUUUGCUUCCAACUCUUGAUACACAGCUUCCUUAUGAGGUGAUGUUGUACAAUUGACUGCACUUCUCAUUAACACAUGAACUCUGAACUUUAAAAGUCUGCUUACAAUUCCUUUGUCUGCCAUCAAUCAUAAUUAUGCUCACUAGAAACGAACCCUGAAACACAGAAAAUCACAAGACAGAUUGAAAUCCACCAAUCAGAAACCACAAAUCAUGACCUUUUGAACUUGUUGAAGUAAACUUCUGUUGAGGUCUGCUAAUAAGAUGAUUGACAGUAGCAAAGAACACAAGCGUUUGUUGACUUUUGAACCUCGGAGUUCGUGUGUUUUUGAAAAGAGCAGCAACUGCCAUACAUAACUACAGAAAGUACCAUUAGGUUUUAUAUAGCAGUACAUUUUACAUGUGUGUGUGACUGUAUUUGACUGUUAUUUUUGGGCUGAAGAAGGGUUUCUGUCAUUGUCACUGAUGUUACAUGUAAAAGCUUACACUUGUCAAAUCUUUGUCCAUUUUUUUAGGCAAAGUGGUGUUUUAAAGAUUUAACCUUUAACAAAUUCUUAAUGGCAGCACUUGAAGACCAGGUAUUUUUUGUGUGAUGUAACUUCAUUAACUUCAUUAUCAUUUAAUAGUAUUACCAGUGUGAAUUUUUGAAACUCCUUUUAGACAACAAUAAUUAUUGCUAGUAUUUAACUUAUGCAAAAGGACAGCGGAGGAAAAAGCAAGACAAACUUUGUGUGACAAGUGUGUCAAUAAAAAUUAUGUUUGAAAAAUUUGCCAUCAAACUUUAGCUUCCUUUAAACAGAUCUUUUUGCAAUAGCCAUGUCAUGUUUGUCCCACAGAAACGUUUUGCCAUUCCCUCUUUCUGCUGUCCUGUCAUGUAAGUGAUAUUGUAUAUCAUGGUUUUGUCAAGUUUCUAUUCCAAUGAAUUUCUCAUUGGUCAAUGUUUUAAUUUUGUGCUAUCCAAUUACGAGCUGUAAACAUUUUACUGACAGCUAAAUCUACUGGUACUGUGAAAGGUACCUAUUUGGUGGCAGUGGUAGUUAGGAUUAACUGCAAUAAUAUUAUUUAUUUGGUUCUUACAAUAAUUUGAAAUAGCUAGACAUGGAUAAACUUUUUUCGUGAGAUAAAAUUCACUUGCACUGAUUUCAGCAGUCAGCCUCUUUAGAAUCUUAUUACAUUAUCAGAACUUCUUUAAGGGUCUACAUUGGGUUUUUAAUAGGCCAAUUUCUCAUUUGCACAAAAUCUUCCUGGAUUUAUCACUUUAACUUAAGAAAACAGCCAACAUUUCAGGACACCACUACUGGUUUCCCCACAGAGUGACGUCUGAGGAAUAAGUGCAGAAAUUCCAUACUGAUGAUGUGUCACUACCCAGGUCUGGGUAGUGAUUCUGACUGAUCCUAUUGUAAGGGAAAUUUGCUUCAAGCAAUCAGAAGCACUAUACCAUGAUCUGGGUAGUGACACAUCAUCAGUAUGGAAUUUCUGUGCUCGUCCCUGAAAUGUCAUUUUGUUUUCUAUUGACAAAUGGUACCUGUUUCACAUACCUAGUUUAGAAAUUUGCAUCCCUUUAACUUUAACUUAUGUGCUGUCUUUUAGACAGGAAUCAAUCAUGAAAAGAGAAUGUUUUCUCGACUUUUAAAGCCAUAUUAAAAUUCAUCUGUUAGCCCGUUUGGGCCCUUUUACAGACCCAAAUGACAGCUAGAUUUUCCUACCCUUUCAUAUACCAGAAGCCUGGAAAAGGUACAUCUUUCAGGGGGAACCUUCCCAUAUAGGAGCAUCCUCCCCUGGGAAUAUCAGUUGUUUUCUCAGUCUACAUGGAUCUCAACAUGAGACCUUCAGUUUACUCAAAUAUUAUCCCAGGCUCUUUUGAAUGAUUUUUGGUUUGUAUCAACGAGUCAUUGAUAAAAGUAAAUUAGUAAAGCUUGGAGCUCAAACAUGUGAGAAUAACUGUAUUUUGUAUUUUCAUAGGUGACUGAUAGUAAAGGCCAUACUGUGAACCAUGUAACACUUGCAUCAUGUGGUGAAGCGCCAGUUUGCAUCAACACCAAAGUAACACAGUUAGGUUGGUUGACGUUGUACAUGAUAUUGUGAGAAUUUUAUUACAUGAAAAUUACAUGCAUAUCUUUGUUUAGAGUUGGAGCAUAUAAGAAAAGCACUUUCAGUUCUGAAGAUUAGAGCCUUACAAAAUAAAAUGACUAGGAGCUGGGACCUUUAUGGCCUACAAUUAAUAUAUUGUAAUUUUAUGCCCACCUCACAUUGGAACUCACUUUUUGACAACUAUAACAAAUACAUGUUAAAUACAUGGAUCCUGCUGCUUGCUACUUACUUAUUUUGCCCAGGAAAUCAGGAAGGGUAAGAGAAAGUAUGAGUCAGUAAGACCAAUGUUUUAAAAAAAUCAUCAUCAUUGAUCAGUAAAGAAAGAUAAUUAGUUUAGGCUAAGAGAUGAAUUCAAGAAGGUAGGAAAGUAUCAAAACAAUUUCAGUUUGUCGCAAGCAUGUGACAGUGAAAAAGUUUACGUCUUAAAAGAGAUUCAAACCAUAAUCGCCUAUACACCAGAAGAAUUAUUUUAUUGUACAAAGCAAGCUUCCCUCUCUGAAUGAGUGCACUUUCAGUGGUUUCAGAGAUUUAUGUUGAAGUCUAGACGAGAGUCAAUAGUUAGCAUACAAAAUGGAACAAGGUUGAGGGGUGGAUGGAAAUCACCGUAUUAUAACUUGUUAGGAGGCUUUGAUUUUUACCUUUGUUCUUGUUCUUGACUUUGUUUUAGUGGAAGAGCAGAAACUUGCUUCAGAGGUGAGAAUGUGUCAUCAUAAUAAAAGGAAAUAACAUGCAAAUGAUAUUUGUAAAAGGGUCAUUUAAUUUAUGUUAUAUUAAAUAGUAAACUCUUUCUUUGUACCUCAGGUCCGGGUUGUUUGAAGCUGGAUUAACCCUUUAAGCCCCAAUAUCAACAUACAAAUUCUCCAAACUGAUCUCUAUACAUUUCCUUAAUGAAUGAGUUGAGAGAAUUUGAUAAAAGAUCAAAGUAUUUUCUCUUAGGUGACCAUUUAAUUAAUCCUCAUAACCUCAUCUCAUGACAAUGUAUGGAUAUCGUUAGGAGAAAAUUGAUGUUGGUCACUACUGGGACCUAAAGGGUUAAGAUAACCCAAGGUUAGUGCGAAAUUUGAACUCAGAUAUGAGAACUUAAAAAGCAAAUCUAGUUUAGUUCUCUUUGCCUACAACUUGAUGACUGGAUACUCUAAAAUGAAUAGAGAAAAUUAUCCGAAAAAGUGCUUUUGAUAAAAAGAAAAAGAAAACUUUUUACCUGGGUUAACAUUUAACCCCGGGUUAGCGCUAACUGGCCUUCGAACAACUGGGCCCAGAUGUUUAAUGUAUAAUUUAUUUGAUUCUUGGUUAUUCUUCUUUUACGUAAAAUGUUUUUCUAGGAUCGCCCCAUUCAACCUAAGGCAGAGGAAGUGGAGAAUGAUCCAGCUGUAGUUGAGGAAAUCAGUAACGAAACUCCUUCACAGACGGAUGUCCCAUCCAGUUUAAUUCUAGAUGCUUGCAAGAAUGUUGACAACAGAGAGAAAACAGAAGAACAGCUGUUCGAGGAAGGUGACAAGAUCAGUGUUGGUGAUGCCGAGGUUCCAGCAUUAUCUGACCCCGUUAGUGACAAUGCUGUCAUUCAUAAUGCAAUUGACGACCCGCCAUCAUUACGAGCAGAAGCAGCUGCGUUUGUUCCAGCCUCAUCUUCAUCCGACAACAACCCACCAAGUAAAGCCCCUUUGGAUAUUUCUUCGGAGAGAUGUAACAUUCCUGGAAUUUUACAUCUACCGCUGAUGGCUAACAAAUUUGUCACUGCAAAACCUGUUGAAGAGAACAGCGAUACCGUGACUUUGUCUGAGGUCAAUGUACCUGAGGGCUGCGUUGACUUUGCCAUGUAUAACCACAUCAUGUCUCAGUGUUCCUUGAGUUUUCUUCCAAAAGAAGCCUUGCCAAAGGCACGGUUCUUUAUGGUCAGAUGUAACAUGAAGAGGGUUAUAGAGGCGAUGAAGUGUGGACUCUGGUGUUCUCUACCAGAAAGUGGUAAAAAGCUUAACCGUGUGUUUCACGAGCAGGCGAACAAGGGUGGGAACCAUGUGUACCUCUUGUUUUCAGGACUUAAAAGUACAAAUUUCUGCGGCAUGGCGAAAAUGGAAUCUGCCAUUGAUCCCAACAUUAAUUGUCCAACAUCAAUCAAGCCUUAUCAUCUAUCUAACUCUUUGAUUGGCUGUUGUGUCGUGAGGUGGUUCUAUGCACAAGAUCUUUUCUUUGGAGAUGUUCUUACUCCUGAAUGUGGAUUCCACAAGAGAUUUCUAGCAAACUGUGGUGAUGGAACCGAAAUCCCAAACAAAUUAGGACAGCUUAUUGUUCGGAAUUAUGAGUCCUGUAACUAUUUCCGUUCAAUUUUAAAACCUGCUUUGCAGUCAUACCAGUUGUACUUGACUGAACAAGUAGGGAUUCCCGGUACAGUCAAGCCUUUGAUAAGUGCUGAGCUACAAGAGCGAGACGAGGGGUUGCAGUUGCCACAAGAAGAGGACUGGGACCAAGAGGUAUUUUCUCUGGGAAUUCGAAUUCUGAAAUUUUUAAUGGUUUCUUGAACUUGUCACGUUCCAUAUCUCCCACUCAUAGGUCAUGGAUUUGUAGGUUCCUUAAGGAUUUGUAGGGCAAUUGUAUCGUGCUUGUACUCAUUGAGAAAAACUGUUUCGAUUUUGGGGACCUUGUGGAAUGUGACCCGUAAUAAACAACAUACGGAAAAUUUUGGAACCCACAGUCAGGAGAGUUGGAGAAAGUGAAUUGAGAUAAUUGAGCACAAAAAUGAUAAUUUUUAACUCUUUUACUGCUGAACAACGAUAACAAUUUUGGGACGCAAAUGACCGAACGGCCGUCGCGUUUUCUUGCCGGCAAACAAAACUUUCGAAGGCAUUUGUUUAGCUCUUACGGGGAAAUGUCUUCAAAAGGAGUUGUGAAUUCUUUUUGUAUUUGAAACCAUUUUGUAAAAAAACUAUUUACAUGUAAUUUAGUUUUAAGCUUAUUUAUGAACAUGUCAGAAUAACCAAGCGUAACGCAAGACUUAAUAUGCAUCUGUAAACAAAAAACCUAUUCACCGGUUUCAUCGAUAAAUUCAAGUCAAACAGACAAAGCUUUACCUGUUAAAACUUCCAAACCAAAUUUUGUCACCUUGUUCGUGUAUUUCGGGAACAGCUUGUUUGAUUAUUUGAAAAACAUUUAUUGUUUGUUACGGCAGGAAUCCGGGAAGACAUUUUACUCGUAACUUACGCGAAUUUGGCGCGAAGAGCUGAAGGUGCAUCAGUGAAUAGCACUGGAUAUUCCGAGUUUGAGUUGCUAAUUAGAGCGCGCCAAAAACUAUCCACAGUUUUAGUAUAUACUCUUUAUUAUUAUCAUCAUCAUCAUCUUUCUGCACCAGAAGAAUGUGUUUGAUAAAACGACAUUUAGAAGACACACUGAUCUUUUGUCCAAUAAUAGCAAAUCAGCUCGAAACUUAAGUUUCCCUGAUUAUAUGCACUACUGACCAGAGGUUUUUGUCGUUGUUUUCAUGGUAGAUCGAGGACUCCAAGGCAGCAAAAUCUUUAGAAAGUGAACCAUUGGAUGAAAUCCCUAGUGAAAAGAAGGAAGUGACAAAAGGUGUUGCUGUGUCAGAGACAACUGUGUCUGAUUAUUCCACUGAAGGGCUUAAAUCUCUUGGUGCGGAGAGCUUCAACAAUGAAGACUGGACAGCAGCCAGUUCUGUAAAAUAUGACGACGAAGUGAGCAAUGUGAAGCAAGAUGAUGUUGCGCCUCAAGAAAGUGUAUCUUCUGUCUGUUUAUCCAUAGAAAAGACAAUUGCUGACAUUUCAGAAACUCAAAGCUCGUCCGAGCCUGCCGCAUCAGCCUGUGCGGAAGCUGAAUUUGGAAGAUCAGCACCUGACAUUGUCACAGACAGUGAGAGUGACUGGGAGAGCUGUAGUCCUCACAAGACGGGUGGUAGAAGAGCCCUCUCGGAAACCACAGAAUGUGAAUAUGUAGAAUGUGAUAGUGCUGUGGAUGAACCUAAUAAUAUUCCACCAGAUACUCAUGGAACGCAAACACACGAAGAAAACUUGCAAUGUGGUGAAGCGUUUGAUGUACCCAAAACUGAAUCUGAGAGUGUUGUUUAUGAUUCGGAUGCUUUUCCUCACCAAAACUUGGCAAAUGAGCCGACAGAUAAGCAAACAACGCUUGAACAGAGGAUACCAGGUAAAGAUACAUCACAAGAAGAUGUGGGGCAGCUAAAUGGAUUCAAAAACACUGUAGAAUUGCAAACUCCACAAGGAGACCCUGGUGAUCUUGAAGUGAGCAAUUCAUUGGAAGUAAUGACUGAUGAAAAUAAUCCUGAAUGUGAAGAAGAACCUUCAGAUUUUCGACCUAGUCUCUUGGUUAGCGGUGAUGAGAGCAAAGUGACAGACACCGUUACAGGUAUUUACAAAUAGGGAAAUUAAAGCAGCAACGUUUUUGAGCGACGCACGUCAACCGGAAGUGAGCCUUUUUCUUUUUUAAAGUGCCUUGACGCUACCAAAUUUGUAUUGCUGAGUGUCUUUACUCUUACAAAGACGAUUUACCUAAGCAUUUGUUCAAAAUCACGGCUGAAGAGGUCAGAAAGUCGACUUCCGGUUGACGUGCGUCGCUCAUUAACGUGGCUGCCCCUAAACUCCCUACUGACCGGGCGGCUUAAAUGACGUGUGCUAAAUGAUCGUUUAGAUGUUAUUAUUUAAAAAACAUUUUCUGUAUUUUGUUUAAAAAUGUACAAAGUACAAGUUUGAACAAGUCAAAGACAAAUUUCUUGAAAAAAGAGGCAAUUCUGGUCGCGGUUAUCUUCGCAAAAAAUUUCUGUAGAGUUGACUUAAAACUUUCUCAAAUUAGCCAAGUUUCGGUGAUGUUAGUCGAUGUGCUUGACAAACAUUCUAGUACAGGACUGGCGUUAGUGAGCUCGGGCUCUCUUGAGGUUGGGGGCCUGAGAGUGCAUUUGUAAGGGUUGCCUUCUUGUUAGAUUAACCCGUACGCUGCUUUCUCUACAAUUCAUAUUCUGAGGAGAAGAAUAAACAAGGGAUUCCAUAGUAAUCCACCGUGAUGCUCCUACCCUUUUGCAAACCUUGAUGUCAAACUUCGACAACAUUUUAUCGCAUGAAGCUGUCUAUCUGAAAAGUUUGAGUUGAAAGUCGUACGCGGUCGAAAUUCAGAAGCCUUUUCUUCUUGCGAUUUUUAACUGCUCUGAGGCUAUUCGACCAGUGGAGAAUGGAAUUAAAAUUGUGCUUAACACAUGUGCGGAACAAGCGUUUUUCUUAAACUCAGAAUAGGAAAGGUUUUGUAAAAGGAUGAUUUUAACAGAGUGACGUAACGAUAUUGUUUUUCAUAAUUAAUAACUUAUUCUACUUUUAAACAUGAAGUGAGAAUUCAAAGUGAUUCAAUUCAUGUAAUGUGGAUUGUUGUGAAAAGGAUAAAAUACAUUUCCCUCUAUAAUGUACUUUCAGAUGAAAAUGAAGUCCAAGAGGCGGACAGUGAAUGUGGAGAUCAACAAGGAACUUGGGCUUCUUCACAGGCAAAUGGUGUAACCAGCCAGCCUGCCAAACCGGACCCCGCAUUCCAUGGGAGCUCAGAGGACUUGCUCUGUGAAUACGAGGAUUUACCUGUUGAGAUUGGUAAGAAAGGGAAGAGGCUAGCAGUCAAUUGAGUUCCUGUUCGUGGUUGUUUAAGAUCACGAUACGUGCACGUCCAUAAUAUGUUUCAUUCAAACGCGACAAGAAUUCAGAGGUAAUAUUAUGCUAAAGGACUGUCCACAACCUGGUAAUGAAUUGGUAAAUGCAGUGACUAUUUUAUUAUCCCGGCGGUGCUUUCUAAAAGCAGUAUUUCUUUCAGUUUUCCAGUAUAUUGCAGGAUAAAAUGUAGGAUUUUGCUUCCAUUUUAAACUGGAUUUGGGUAGCGUUGGGAAACAAAGAGGUCAAAGUAACAGAUGAUACAUCAACAGAGUAACAUUUUUUCGUAGUCGUAGUUAGCUGUUAAAUUGAUAAUUGAUUUGCUGUGUCGUUUCCAAAGUCACGUUUUAUCCUCUUUAGAUCGUCAGUAUAUCAUAUUUUACAAUACAUUGCACUUACAGCAAUAUAUCUAUCAAAACAGAGAACUAUGACAUUACUAACUCAUUCCGCUUAUCCGUCUGUAGGAAAGGAACAGUACAUUUAUGCUCUAGAGAGCCUCUCAAACAAUGGCACUUUUUGGGCUCGUGUUCACAAGCCAGGUGAAGACGAUCAGCGUUUCAUAGAUGCCAUGGCACGAAUGGGGUUAGUAGGACUUUAUGCCUUGUAUUUUUCAAAUCCAUGCUUGAUUUACAAAGCAAAGGCAGUGCCUUCUUCCUCACUUCCUUAAACCCUUAUAUUGGUAUUUGCCACGGAUUCAAACCGGGAUCCCUUCUUCUGCAGACGAGGGCCCGUUUGUUUUUAACAGGAAUAAGAUAACCCAAGAUAACCACUAAAUUUGAAUUCAAAUCAGAGCGCUUUCAAGACAAAUUUCCGUUUUUUUUGCCUACAAUUUGAGGUUUGGCUGACGCUCUCAAAACGCGAGAUAAAAUGAACAGGAGAAACGCCGUUGAACAAAAUAAACAGGAAAUCGAAAUAAAGAUUCAACCCUUGGCGAUAAUCGGCUUUCCGACAACUUUCCUGCUGCGCUAAUGCUACCGUGGUUAAAUGUUAAUAGUUGGUUCUAUUAUAUACCAAACAUAAAACACAACAGCGCUCGAUGGGUGAUUUGUUGACUACCUCGCGGAAGUGGACAGAUUUUUAUUUACCUUCUAGUUGAUAAGGUAAACGCACAUUCCAAGAGGAUAUUGAUUCUGUUUACAGGGCUCACAUCGAGGCUAAUAACAAACCUCUUGAAAGUAUUUUUAUGUACAAACAUUGUGCCGUAAGGGGAUUGGAUGAUUAUUGGUACCGUGCUCUUGUUGAGGAAACUUCAAGUAAAGGAAAGGUGAGACUACAAAAGGCUUUGGUGCGCACUUAUGGUUUAUGACAUGUUAUAUGUGUUCAAUGUUACAAUUGCAAAGGUAUCGUGAUAUGAAAGAAACAAACCCUGAAAGUAGCGAUUACAUUGAAAUUUGUAGUAAGUCCUAAAUGUAGUCGAGUCUGCAAGAAAAGGCUAAGAUAACACUGGUAGGAAAAGACGAAGAAAACCGUUCAAAACUGCCUGCAACUUGAAGUCACUCAUCAGGCUUAGAGUAAGCUCAGAGUUUCAGGAAUUUAAGUUUGCUUUAAUGAAGCGAUAGUAAAAGGUUACUGAGUAGGAAAAUGACAAAUUUUUGGACUUAUUAUAGUUAUCAAGACCAAGAAAAGUUAACUUACCCAUUUUUCCACAUCACAGUUAAAAGAUAGUCUACGAUUUAAGUCAGGAGUUAUACGAUCAAUAAAUUCUAAUUUAUAGAUCUAGCCAGAGCUAAGAGCGAGGUUCUGAUUUAUGCAUUUUAAAUUUACUUCAGACUAUGGACUUUAAACCUUUGCAAAGAAAUCCGCAAAUCUACAGUUAACUUUAGCGGAGAACCAUAUGACUGAAAAACAUAAACUUGAGCCAGCGAUCAAUGAAAAGCUAAUAACUGGUCAGCGGAAAACGCGUGAUCUCGAUCUGAGCCCGCGAUAUGGACGUGUGUCUCUGGUCAGCGGUUACCCUGUUUUGACAGCUGUCAGUUGACCAUAAUAUGGAUGUGUAUCAUCAAGUAAACACAGGUUACAGGCCCCACACUAACUAGAAAGUUUAACGUUUCACAUUGGUUUCCCUGUGGUGCGGACACGUGAUUACCAAAAUUUCUCGAAUGUCCAAAUUUCUUGGUAAUGGGGCUUCGCUUGCGCGUGCUUCGUGCGCGCAUGGAGCUCCGCUAUAAUUGACUACUUUUCAUUGAUAUUAGGUUGGUAUCAGACUGCUUGACUUAGGAGAUUACUGGGAAGUCGAUCAAAAGGAUUUACGAGUGCUUGAUGAUGAGUUCUAUGUCGCUCCUCCUGCACAGGUCAGUCUAGACAGUCAAGAAAUUGUUUUUUGAGUGGUAAAUAACCUACCGGUAAAGUCAUUGCUGCAUAAGUAUUAUAAGACGCACAGCCACUGCUAAGAUCUCAUAUCAUAAGCGUAGAGUAUAUUACCGUGAGAGAAGUUUAGGACGAACUUGCAAGGUCUCAUUUCAUAAGCAUGAGUUGGAGUACAUUACUGUGUGAGUAGUAUAGGACACACUGCUAAGGUCCCAUUUCAUAAGAGUGAAGUGGAAUACAUAACCGUGUGAGUAUUUAAGGGUGCACUGCUUAUGUCCCAUCUCAUUAGAGGGAAGUAUUCGUAAAACAAAUAAAUGCCAUUUCGUCUGUCUGUUAAUGAGAGCGCAAGCUGAAAGCACUUAAAAGAGCGUUUGAUUACUGCACCACCACCGCCUGCACAUUGUGUGCUACAGACCUGUUUAUUGUACUUCAUUAAAAAUGUCGUGUGUAAAGGUCUGAAUAUUUUUGUUUCUUCAUUACUUUUUACAACGCAGGCUUUUGAGUGCUCCGUCUGUUACGAAAAUCCAAAUAACAAAAAGGUAGGAAAGUCUCUACAAUAUUAAGUUGCGUCUUUAACCACGAUUAUCCUAAUGACAAGCUCCCAGUUGACUUGCCAGCUCAGUUGGUUGGUUAGAGCGCUGCACCUGUAUCGCAGAGGUCAGGGUUCGAGUCCUGGCAAGACUGAAUUUUUUUAGGCUUUCUUUUGUUAACUGCGUAAGUUGCCCCUUUAAACUGCGAUGGUCUUCUUUGCAUUUAUUUCUUCAUUCCGCGGUUCCAAUAAAUGAAAUUCUUAUAUUCACCACUUUAACUCAAUAAGCUAAAUUUUCUAAGGAAAAAAUUGUUUCUCUUGAUCCGCAAUUGCUGUACAAUAAACCAGCCGCUUCAAGGGAAUAUAAACAUUAAUGUCAUAUGGAACGCUGCAAAAGCUCUUGGCUAUAGCGGUGCGUCAUGUGUUUGUUGGUUGUAAGGGAGAAGGCAUCACCUCUUCAUUGACUCAAUAUGACACAGACCUUCACUGUCAGGAAUAAAAACUGUUCGUUGUUGCGAUGACUGUGCUCAGAAAAUUGCAUAACAUAAGAGUCAGUGAGUCAUUCCCCCGGCAAACCUGUUGUUUGGAGUGUUGAAUGGGCCUAAUUAGGCAACAGAAAGCUAUAAAUUUACUGUUAAUGGUGAAAAUAAAUAAAAACUAGAAAGAGCUCAAUACAAUACACGCUCAAUUAGCGUUGAUUACGAGAAAGCACUCAACACAGACAGCCCAUUUGUAUGAGCAGCUCCCUUUGAUGUCCGUACUAAUGAUACCGUUUUACUACGUUGUGUUUUUGAAGGAGAAAAACAGAAUCAGCAGACUCGUCAAGAGAAAUAGGAGGCUUCGUGUUAUUGUGGUG